GUCUGGCCAUACAGUUUGGUCCGAUCGGUGACGUCGGGGCGAUGACUGAUAUGACACAAAUGUUUGCAUACGUGACAACUCAGAAACAACGGAUCCAUUCGUGUUGUCAAGUAUUGGACAAACUAUUGGCCGUUAAAUACCCGGUCGUAACCGUAAAUGUGAAAACAGUGGAGAAUUCACUGUUAAAGUUGGACUCUGAGGCCAAAGAGGGCUCGAAAUCAUUCAUCAAUAAGUUGUGGGGAUCUCUGGGUAUCGACCCGUCGGCCACUCCGGCGGACAUCACUUUAGGAGAGAUCGGAAUUGAG